AUGGACCGUCUCUCAGAAAAGGAGAAUGUGAUGGAAGAACCACUUCUGAACAAGGACAACUCAAAUGCCAAGGGUGGCUUCAGAACUUUACCUUUCAUCAUAGCAAAUGAGGCAUUUGAGAAACUGGCUAGCCUUGGGUUAAUGCCUAACAUGAUAUUGUACUUGACCAGAGAGUAUGGCAUGCAAACUGCAGGAGCCACUAAUUUACUCUUACUCUGGUCUGCUGCCACCAAUUUCACACCCCUCAUUGGUGCUUUCCUUGCAGACUCCUAUUUUGGUAGAUAUUCUAUGAUUGCUUUCGGAUCUAUUGCUAGCCUAUUGGGAAUGAUUCUUCUGUGGUUAACCACUAUGAUUCCAACAUCAAGACCAAUUUGUAACCAACUUACCAACAACGGUUGCAGCUCCCCUACAACAAUGCAAAUUUGGAUCUUGCAUUCUUCUUUUGCCCUCAUGUCCAUUGGAGCUGGAGGCAUAAGAUCAUCAUCCUUGGCCUUUGGUGUUGACCAGUUAAGUAAGAGGGACAAAGAUGCAGGAAUCAAAGAAAGCUACUUCAGCUGGUACUAUGCUGCUGUUACAGUGUCAUCACUGCUAGGUUUAAGUGUUGUUGUUUACAUUCAAGAUAACAUGGGUUGGACAGUGGGGUUUGGAGUUCCCGUUAUCCUAAUGUUUAUAGCUACUCUAUCGUUUUUCUUAGCUUCUCCAUUUUAUGUCAUGCUGGAGGCUAAAAGGAACCUGCUAAGUGGGUUAGCUCAGGUCAUUGUAGCCUCUUAUAGAAAUAGACUUCUGCAGUUAUCACAUGAGGACGGGACUGGAAUCUACCACCAUGAGAAGGAUUCCAUUCUCCUAAUGCCAACUGAAAAAUUAAGGUUUCUCAACAAAGCAUGCAUAAUCAUAAAUCCCUUGCAAGAUCUAACACCGGAUGGAAGAGCUUCGAAUCCAUGGAAUCUUUGCACAAUAGACCAAGUGGAAGAACUCAAGGCACUUCUCAAGAUAGUCCCAAUUUGGACAACAGGAAUCAUGAUGACUGUGAACGUCAGUCAGAGUUCAUUUCUAGUACUAGAAGCGUCCUCCAUGGACCGCCACAUUACUUCAAACUUCCAAAUUCCUUCAGCAUCCUUUGGUACAUUUAUGAUUUUAUCUAUAAUACUUUGGAUUGUACUAUAUAACAAGGUUUUAGUCCCUAUGGCAUCAAGGAUAAUAGGGCGCCCAGCAUGCUUAGGAGAAAAACAAAAAAUGGGAGUUGGUCUUUUUUCUUGUUGCAUAGCAAUUGCAUCACUGACAGUAGUAGAGAGUAUUAGACGCAGAAUUGCUAUUGAGGAAGGCUAUUCAGAAAAACCACAAGCUGUGGUGAACAUGUCUGCACUGUGGCUCUUGCCACGGCAAAUCCUUGAUGGAUUGGCUGAGGCCUCAGGUGUAAUUGGACAAAAUGAGUUUUUUCUCACUGAGCUACCUCAAUCUAUGUCUAGCAUAGCAUCCACUCUUUGUGGCCUUGGAUCUUCGGUUGCAAAUUUGGUAUCAAGUUUUAUUCUGAGCGUUGUUGACAAUGUUACUGGAGACGCAGGAAAUGAAAGUUGGCUUUCAAGCAACAUCAACAAGGGUCACUAUGACUACUACUAUGGUUUGAUUUGUGCUUUGAGCAUUGUAAAUUUUGUAUAUUUUCUUUACUGUAGCAAAUCUUAUGGUCCUUGUAAGGGUAGAGGAAAAUAA